AUGGGGAUGGGAAACCUGAUUGGGCCCCCUUGUGAUGGCAAGGAAGAUGUGGAAGAAGAUGAGGAUUGCCCCGGGGGCUCCCUGCGCCUCCUCUGCCGAGGGGCCGGGUUCGAUUUCGGGAAAUUUGAAAUGGAUUGGGUCCGCCAGAGACCCGGGCAGGGGCUGGAGUGGGUCGGGAGCAUCAACACUGGUGGCAGCACCUGGUACGCGCCGUCGCUCCAGGGCCGGGUCAGGAUCUCCAGGGACAACGGGCAGAGCUCGGUGACGCUGACCAUGACCGACCUCCGGGACGAGGAUUCCGGAUCCUAUUUCUGUGCCAAGGGUGCUGGUUCUGGUGCUGGUUAUAACGAUGUCUAUGGUAUUGGCGCCUCGCCCAUGUCCGUCUGUCCCCCCGUCCCCGUUCCCCAUCCCCCACCCCUGACCCCGUUCCUGUCCCCGUGUCCCAGCCCUGCUCUGGCCCUGCCCCCAAUCUCAGCUCCUGGCCCCAAAUCUCCGCUGGAGCUCCAAGUCCCAACCAAGACCCCCAAAAGUGACGAGGCUGGCCGGAUCUCGGGCCACCAUGUCCAUCGGAUUUUCCUUCCUGUGAUUGGCCAAAGCCCUUUUAAAGCCAGCUGUGACAUCGAGUUCUGUCACUGCAGCGGGGCCGUGGGCUGCUGGCACCUGGCCGUUGUCACAGCCCUGUGGGGACAGCCCUGGUGGGACACCAAACAGCUCCAGAGGCGUCCCCAGCAGCCCCGUCCCGGCGGGGGUUGGGACAGAGAGCCCCGGGCGGGGAUAAAUCCUGGGGGGCAGCCCCAAAUCUGCACCCCUGGCCCCAAACCCGCCCGGGGGGCACCGAACCCUGAGGGGUGGGCACAAAGAUUGGCACCGAGGGUGAGG